AUGGCUCCCGAGUCAGCCCCGUCAAAAGGGGGAGCGAUGUCGCUGUAUGCCAAUCUACUCGACCCCUCCGCUGAUUCAACCCCUGGGACCAUCUCACGCGCCCCCGUCGUCUUCAAACAAAGCUCCGAGCCCGACGUUCAAUCUGACGAUUCGGCUGCAAAGAAGCAACAAGUCAACGCUGCUUCUCUCCGAUUCCAACCCACCAAGAGACCGCAGUUCGCCAACCAGAAGCCUAGGCCCAAACCUACACUUCCCAAGGCUGCGCCACCUAACCCAGGCCAGGCUACGGCUACCGACCCUGCUGCAGCGCCCGUGAAGACCUCCCUGGCGGACUGGGCAACCACAGAAGAUGAUGAUUACGGGUACUACAUGGGCGAAAAGCGGCAGCGCGGCGGGAGGAAGAAGCGCAAGAAGAACCGCGAGCCACAAGCAGUCAUGCAGGACUGGGGUGAUAUCUAUGAUCCAUCGAGACCGAACAACUAUGAAGAGUACCGGCAUAGUGAUGAGAAGAUUCUCGAAGUUCGCGACUGGAAGGAUCGACUAUAUGCGCAUCGGAUGAGACGCUCGCUGAGCAAGGACUCGGACAGUGACGACUACGACCGACCAAUCAAUCGUAUGCUUACUUUACUCAUGAUGGAAGGGAUUUUGCUGACUUUGUUUCAAGGUCAAUUUGCUCCGCCGAGCAACUUUGCGCCUCCUCCGAACCUCAAUGACAUCCCACCUCCACCCCCAAGCUCUGUCCCCGACGAUCCGUCCGGAGAAGAUGCCUUUGCACGCCGCGCACGCCUGAGCCAACAGCCCAACGCCUACACCCAGACACCACCCCCACCACCCACUGAAGAACCUCCCGCUCCGCCCCCAACACGCCCUCUAGAUGUCUUCCAACCCAACUCAGCAACCAUAUCUCGCGCACCGGUCCGCUACACACUCCCACCGCCUCCAGAAGGCAUUCCAGCUUCCGAAGCCGAACUGGAAGAAGUCCUCGCUCAGGAACAAACCGCGGAAAAUGAAAACGAGAACGAAUCCGGCUCGGACGCACCUCGCUCUUUGCGUCCAGGCCAGAAGGGCUUCGCAGAGCGUUUACUCUCCAAAUACGGCUGGACCAAGGGAUCCGGACUCGGAGCCACCGGCUCUGGUAUCGUCAAGCCGCUACAAGUAAAGGCCGAGAAGCGGAAGAAGAGACCCGACUCUGAGGGCGGAGGAUUCGUGACACCCGCUGGACGGGGCACGAUCAUCGGCGGGAAGAAGAAGGGCGGUGAUGAUACAGGGAAGUUUGGACCUAUGAGUGAAGUCAUCAUUCUCAAAGGGAUGUUGGAUGGAAUGGACCUUGAAGAUGAGUUGCAUACUGCUGAGGGUGGUGGCUUGAUGCAGGAGAUUGGGGAAGAGUGCAAUGAAAAGUAUGGGAGUGUGGAGCGAGUUUACAUUGCCCGUGACGUGGGCACACCCAUUCCGGUCUUUGUCAAGUUCACCAGUCCGUUAUCGGCCCUACGGGCUGUAAAUGCUCUAGAAGGCCGGAUCUUCAACGGGAAUGCCAUUCAGGCUCGGUUCUUUGAACGUGAGAAGUUCGAGGAUGGAGUCUAUGUGGACUGA